AUGCCGAUGGCUGCGAUGCAGCUCCGCGCUUUGCGGCUGAGGUCUAGCUACAUCGAGAUAUCAAAUAUACUUCGAGGCCGAUCGGUGGCUUGGCACGGACAAUGCUAUAACCCCGUUCAGACGCCGCGGCAUUUCCAUGCUCGGGCGUGUCUGCGACAGGAGGAGCCUCCUAAACAGCUUCCUGCUUUUUUGGAGGCUUAUAAGCGGGCUGUGGACUUCCCUCCUGCCACACAUGACUUCGAAACGUUCUUCGCACAGGCUGAGCCAAACACGCAAGUAGUUCUACACGGAUACCUUGGGAACCGCGCAGAUCUAUCAAAGAAACUAUCUUUCGUGCGGUUAUCUGAUCCCACCCUGCAACACAGCCUGCAAGUCGUCGCAUUCGCCAAGAACGAUGCCUUCGAGCAAUUGAAGACUGUGAAUGCGAACAGCCCCGUCGCUGUCCGCGGAACAGUCCAAAAGAAGAAGGUCAAACCAUCAGAGGCAGAGACCACACCAGCCUCGGACCUAUGGGAGCUCGCACUGGAAGAGAUCCAUCCUCUCAACGACUUCCCCAAGGAAAUAAUUAUGACACCCGAAACGGUGUUCCCACCCGAGCAGCGAUAUCUGCAACUGCGUUCGGAUGAAGAGUUGCGCGAAGCAUUACGGUUCCGCGCACGCGCGCAUAAUCUCUGCAAGAAGGAAUUGGAGGAGCAGUCCCGACCGCCGUUUGUGGAGAUUGAGACUCCGCUCUUGUUCAAGUCUACACCGGAAGGCGCAAGGGAGUUUAUUGUGCCUACUCGGAGGGAGGGAUUGGCUUAUGCUUUGCCGCAGAGUCCCCAGCAGUACAAGCAGAUUCUCAUGGCUAGUGGUUUGCCGAGGUAUUAUCAGUUUGCGCGCUGCUUCCGGGAUGAGGAUUUGCGGGCUGAUCGACAGCCUGAAUUUACUCAGCUUGAUAUGGAAAUGUCUUUCGCGACGGGCGACGAUGUUAUGCGCACCGUGGAAGGAGUCAUUCGCCGACUUUGGUCGACAUUGAUGAAAGACCCUGCUCCAGAGGGCCCAUUCCGCAAGGUUCCGUAUCAGGAAGUCAUGGCCAAAUAUGGCUCUGACAAGCCAGACACAAGAUAUGGAAUGGAAAUCAUCCGACUUGAUCAUGCUCUUCCAGUGGAUCUGAUCGACAAGAUCUCUGACCUUGACGAUCCUAUUGUGGAGGCUUUCAAGUUUGAAGGCAAUGACAACGAUCCCGCUGAAACUCACAAGUUCAUCACCCAGUUCCUCGACUCUCCCGCAGGUGCUCCAUUCAUCAACAACCCAGAUGGCGGCCCAGGCGUCUUCAUCUAUAAUGGCAAGCAGCCCCUUUGCGGACUCCAGCCCUUCGGUUUCGAAGCUGCCGAGCAACUCGAGGACCGGUUGGACCCAGACCACGGUGACCUGAUCAUUCUGCAAGCACGUCCCCGUGCUCCAUUCUCAGGGGGCUCAACCCCCAUGGGCGAUCUCCGCCGUGCAUUGCACGCUGCCUCCGUCUCAACGGGUUUCAAGCCUGCCCCUACAGGAUUUGACUUCCUCUGGGUCGUCGACUUCCCUCUUUUCUCCCCCUCUUCAGACUCAGAGCCCGGCCAGGGCGGCGCAGCAGGCUUCUCCUCCACACACCAUCCCUUCACCGCACCCAAGACCCCCGCUGAUGUCGAUCUUCUCCUGACAGACCCCACCCAGGCGGUGGCCGAUCACUACGAUUUGGUCGUGAACGGCGUUGAGCUGGGUGGCGGCAGUCGCCGUAUCCACGAUGCAGCAGUACAGGAAUUCAUUUUCCGGGAUAUUCUUCAGAUGCCAGCUGAGCGGUUGGCCGACUUCUCGCAUCUGCUCGAUGCCCUCCGCUCUGGCUGUCCGCCCCAUGCGGGACUCGCGCUGGGCUUUGACAGACUUGUUGCUGUCAUGCUAGGCAAAGAAUCCGUGCGUGAUGUGAUUGCGUUCCCGAAGACUGGCAAGGGUGGUGACGAUGCCAUGGUUGGCGCCCCGAGCCCUAUGACCGAGGAGGCUUUGCAGACCUACCACCUCAAAUUGAGGAAGUAA